AUGACAAAUCAUACAGCACCUAAUGCUCACACUGGAUCCUGUGGAUACCGAACCAAUCUCACCACAUCCCCGACCGACCUCUCCAACGGCAUCGGCCAGAAACAUCACACCCACCCGGCUUUCAGAUACCAAGUCAACACAUCAAUGGAUUCCCACCUUCAUACAUCCGGUAACCUACUCACCGCCAACGGCUUGCUCCUGCACUCCUAUUGGCCUCUCACCAACUCCACCUACUGGUUGCUCGGCCAUGACGACCAAAUGCACAACCAUCCACUCAAGGGCAGGGCGACCAACAUUGAAGUAAUCGGUGGAGGAUACGGGACCCCGUCAGAAGCUAGCGGUCCAGUGUCUGAAUUGAUCGUCGGGGCGCAGACUAUGGCUUCUUUGGGUUUGUCGGAUCCAAGGACGGUGGGGCAAGCAACUCCCCCCUCGGGCAACUUGACUCCGGCGGCCCCAGGUCGAAUCAAUCCGUUCUUAGCCUCCGCCGGAGCGGAGACGCGUUUGAAAUCUUCUUCAACCCGGAAGCAGAACCGCACCCGCGCCAAAAUUGAUGCUGACAAAGCGGUCACUGCAGCUAAGAAGGCCGAGAGGAUCCAAAAGGCAGCUCAGAAGCAGGAGGCUCAAAGACAGAGGCUCUCCGCGAAGGAGGCCCGUGCGGCCUUGAAGGUAUCGGAUGCGGGGACGCCAACCCCUAGGUUUGUGUGGUCCAAGGAGGCCUUGUUAGAAAUCUUACGUUAUGUUAAGGAGAUCAAGGAGGAACACGACGACCUGAUCGAGCGGACCCCUGGUUUCAUAGCUUGGACACCCUACUUCCUCAAAUGCAAGGCCGACCGGGGUGACUACCCUCUCCUGAUCGGAAUUGCGAACGAUGUCAUCCUUCGGCGAUAUCGAGCGUUGAUGAACAUGUGGAAGGUUGUUUUUGACAAGCUGUCUCAUUCGGGAAGCGGGGGACUAUAUAAAGUUUUAGCCAAGGAACACCUAUCCGAGACGAUUUGGGAUUUCAUCAAUGCAAUGCACGGGGACAACGCGGCGGCUAAUGCACAUGGGCAUGCUGAACUGGACGAUGACCUUGGGGCCCUCUUGUGUGAGGAUGGCCGUGGAGAAGGCCGGGAGGCUCGGACGGGGGCCAAGGCGGAGUCGUCCCAGGGGGCGAACGACGAUGGGGGGAGGCCCCGUACCGGAGUUCUCGCUUUUCGAUGGUAUCCCCAGGGCGCCGGCCUGCCCACUGACCUCAACACAACCCGAUCCCACGCCAAUUCAGGCGCCACCUGCACCUGA